AUGAAAGAUAAGAAACAAAAAUUAAAACCUGGUCCCAUAUAUUCUGAUGAUGGUGUUCCGUACGAUUAUAUCGUAAUCAUAGAUGCUGGUUCAAAAGGUUCACGGGUAUAUAUAUAUAAUUGGUUGAAUCCAAAAAUUGCAUUACAAAAAGGGGUUAAUCUUGAAAUAUUUAAACCAUUAUCAAAAAGAAUAGAUAAGGAAGAUGAAAUUGAUUCAGAUCCAGAAUCAGAAACUGAAGUUGAUACUAAAAGAAAAACAUUGUUCCCCAAAAUACAAGCUAAAAGGAGAUGGCAUAAGAAAAUCACUCCCGGUAUUUCAUCAUUUAACAAGUCACCUCAUAAAAUUGGCAAACAUCAUUUAAGUAAAUUAUUAUCAAAAGCAAGUAAAGUCGUACCCAAAUCCCAGCAUUAUAGAACUCCAAUUUUUCUACAUUCAACUGGAGGAAUGAGAUUGUUACAACCCCCCGAACAACAACAAAUAUUAGAUAAUAUAUGUAAAUAUUUCCAAUCAAAUUCUGAUUUUUUUAUACCUGAUUGUGCAAGUCACGUAAAUGUUAUAGAUGGAGAUUUUGAAGGAUUAUAUGGAUGGCUUGCAAUAAAUUCAUUAAUCGGAUCAUUUGAUGAUCCAGAUUCUCAUAAGCACGGUAAAAAUCAUACAACUUAUGGAUUAUUAGAUAUGGGUGGUGCUUCUACACAGGUUGUAUUUCAACCUAAUCAAACCGAAAUUAAAGAACAUCAAAACAAUUUAUAUCAUAUAAUACUAAAUCAAGUGCCUAUAAAGAAUGAAAAGUCUUAUGAUAAACCUGAAACUAUAAAUUUUAAUGUGUACUCAGACUCAUUUUUAGGCUUUGGUAUGUUUCAAGCUAGAACCAAAUAUUUUACGUCAUUAGUUUCGUCAAAUCAAGAAAAUCCAGUUACCAGUUAUUGGGGUAAAACAAGAUCACCAAUUAACGAUCCAUGUUUACCAAAAGGAGUCACAACAUCACAGUAUAUAAAUGAUUAUUCAUAUGAUUUUAUUGGUGAGUCAAAAUUUGAAGAGUGUUUAACCAAUAUAUUUCCAGUGUUACAAAAUUCAACUCAUGGUGGUGUUAAGAGUAAUUGUAAGCAAUCCAAUGAAUAUGAUGAAGUAAGUCAAUGUUUAUUAAACGAUUUAAUACCAAGUUUUGAUUUUGAUAUAAAUCAUUUUAUUGGUGUUAGUGGUUAUUGGAAUGCUAUAAAUAAUUUAUUAUCACAAAAUGUUGAAAAACGAAAUGAUCAGAAAAAUACUUAUGAUUAUAAAAUCAUCUUUGAUAAAACACAGAAAGUAUGCUCAAAAUCAUAUCAAGAAUUAUUAGAAUUAAAUUCUCAAAAAGAAACCAAACAUCAAUUGAGUGAGGAUGAACUAUCAGAAUUAUGCUUCAAAUCUUCUUGGAUACUAAAUUUCUUACAUCUUGGUUUAGGAUUUCCUAGAUUUGGUAUUGAUAAACCAUCAAAUAACUUUAAAACAUUACAAUUAGUUGAAGAAUUGGGUGGAUCAUCAUUUUCUUGGACUUUAGGUAGAGCAUUAUUAUAUGCUAAUGAUGAAUAUAUUCAAGCUUUUAAUAAUUUAACGAAUGCAAAGUUACCAAGACCAGGCUUUUAUCAUUCACCAAGUGAAAAUUUAUAUCAUUAUGGAGCUGAAAAUUUUGAUGUUCAAACAAGAUAUGAUUUCGAAGUACCAAAUGAAGAUAUUAAAUAUCAUUACUUUGAUUAUGAACAAAAUCAAGUAUCUGAUCAUGAGUCAAAAUGGAAUAUUGAACCACAUAGAUGGUAUGGAAUUAUAAUAUUUGUAAUUUUAAUGAUUUUCGUAGGCUGGUUAAUGGUGGGAAGUAGAAUUAGAUCUUUAGCAUUAACAAAGAUUAAAAGUGCAUUUAAAAAAUUGAUCAGAAAAACUCCAGGUUAUAAUGAAGCAAAAUAUGAAGUUGUAAGUCAAAAUCAAGACUUGGAAUUGAAUGAGCUAGAUAAAUUUUCAAUAGAUGACGAAGAAUCAAAUGAUUAA